GUCACUUCCCUGCCUGCCCACGCCUUGCCAACGCGCGUGACCAUGCCCUCUGGGUAGGAGAGGAGCAGGAGGAGGAGGCCCGUGCCUAGGAGGGAAGCUGUCAACCAGGGGCGGCCACGGAACACGAGCCGAAGACUCGAAAGAGGAUCGGCGCUCGUGCCCGCGCGCUCGCCCUCUUCUCUCUCUCUCUCUCUUCCCCUCCCCGCCCCUCCGCUGCCCACAGGCUGGCGCGCCGUCGCGAGAACGAGACCGCCCGUGCCCGCGCCAAGAUCGGUGUGGUCGAUCGCAGUGCGCUGGCUCUCCUCGGGGGAGUCGGUCCUUAAGAGGGGGGGAAAAAAGGAAGGAAGGGAAUAAUAGAGAGAAAGCUGAGGUGGUUGGUUUGGGGAAGCCGUGCGCCUCUCAGCCCACGUGAGCGCGCCGAGGAGGAGGAGGAGGAGAGGAAGCCGCGACGACUCCAAGAAAGACAGCAGCGGCCGCGCGCGUUGCUCCUGCUACGAGCCUUCCUCCUGUAGGCUUCCCUCCUUCCCCGACCGAAGUGUCCUCCUCCUCCUCCUCCUCCUCCUCCGCCUGCUUGCUUGCCUGCCAGCCCGCCCGCCUGCUCCUCCUCCUCCUCCCCGGACUGAGCGACCGUGUGUGCAACGAUGGCGGCCGCCGGAGGUCUGGCCAAGCACGAGCAGAUCUUGGUGCUGGAUCCGCCCACCGACCUUAAAUUCAAAGGUCCUUUCACAGAUGUAGUCACUACAAAUCUUAAACUACGAAAUCCAUCAGACAGAAAAGUAUGUUUUAAAGUGAAGACUACAGCACCUCGCCGGUACUGUGUGAGGCCAAAUAGUGGAAUUAUUGAUCCAGGAUCAUCUGUAACUGUAUCAGUCAUGUUACAGCCUUUUGACUAUGAUCCAAAUGAGAAGAGUAAACACAAAUUUAUGGUACAGACAAUCUUUGCCCCACCAAACAUUACGGAUAUGGAAGCUGUGUGGAAAGAUGCAAAACCUGAAGAUUUAAUGGACUCCAAAUUGAGAUGUGUAUUUGAAAUGCCUAAUGAAAAUGAUAAGCUGAAUGACAUAGAUGCGAGUAAAUCUGCUCCAGUGCUCAACACAGCUAAACAAGAUGGUCCAGUGCCAAAGCCACAUAGUGUUUCGCUCAAUGACACUGAAACAAGGAAGCUAGUCGAAGAAUGCAAAAGACUUCAGGCGGAUGUGGUGAAACUAUCAGAGGAAAACAGACACCUGAGAGAUGAAGGUUUGAGGCUGAGAAAGGUGGCACACUCAGAUAAACCUGGACCAUCAGGCUUGGCCCUCCGGGAUAAUGGCUCCAAUCCUCUUCCCUCACUUCUUGUUGUAAUUGCAGCCAUUUUCAUUGGAUUCUUUUUAGGGAAAUUUAUCUUGUAGAGAGGGAGAAAAAGAGAAGCACGCAGAAUGCAGCUUCCUUUUUUUUUCUUGGCCAGAAAAAAAAAUGUAUUUACCUACCACUUCAUUGGUAGUAUGGCCUAAAUGACCAUUUGUGUACAGCAUCAUGCAGGCUUUGCCUCUAAUGAUCUUGCACGGUUAGACAACACAGUAAAAAGAUAAACUGUUCGGCUGCUGGACAAAAUUGUAUAUUAAUUCAUCAAUAGCAGGUGUCAGUUGCACAUUCAGUCCUUUAUGAAAUUCAUAAAUAAUGAAUAGUUCUUUCUUUCUGUGGUUUUAAUAAGAGUUAAAAUUGUUCAAAGUCUUGUAAAUGUUAUUUUAAUAAUCCUUUUAAAAUUUUAUCUGUUGCUUUGGCCUCUUGGAAAAUGAUUAUCAGAAUGCUCUUCCCGGUUGUUCAGAAAUAUGAUGAUGCAUUCUGUGGGGAAAUGGUUCCUCUUAGUGUGUAAAUUUACCUUACUUUGCUAUAUCAUGCAGAAUUUCUUAUCCCUUGUGAGGCGGUUGUUGAAAAAGUUUGUCAUCCUUACAGCCCUGUCCCAUGGUAUUUAACAUACAAAAUAAUAAAACUGUUAACAGACUCCCUGCUGGAUAGCUUGUUUCUGUGAAUUGUUCUUUUUAGAAAGGUUUUCUAACAUGUUUUAUACAUAAUCUGCUUCUUGUCACAGAAGAACAUUGUUAAUUUCACUAGCUGUACCUUGGGCUGGUGCCAGUGAUGAAGAAACUGGCUUCUCUAUGUUGUUUAAAUCAGCAACAGAGAUUUCUGGAUUUUAGCAAAAUGAAGGGUCAUAUAAGAUUGGUUUUGGGACAGGGACUAAACAUAAAGCAGAUAUUUUAAAAUUGUCUUUUAAAGUACUUUUUGGCUUGCUGGUAUUUCUGUUGCUUCACUGAACUUCUCUUAUUUUUCUGAAGCCCCCAUUAUUCUUUUGUUCAGAUUUAUUUAGUCCAAAUGUCCCUUAAACCUAAUGCUCUAUGUAACAUUUACAUACAUUUCUUUUAUAUAAAUAUUCCAAAGUUGAUACUGGCUGAGUAAAUUUUGAUCAUUUAGUUUUGUGAGAAGAGAAUAAAGCUUUGACCUGCAAAUGUCUUGGCACAGUUGCUCAUUAGUGAUGCCUACUGUCAGUAUUCUAGAAAAAUUAUUUUAUUGGAUCUGAACUGCUUUUUUGCACUUAACCAUGUGGCUUGUUUUAUUUCUGCUCUUUAUGUUAUUUAGAUAAUUUUGGAAGCACAACAGAGCUAUUUUUAAACCAUUAUCCAUCAAAGGGUAUUAUUUUAAAACUGACAUUCUGAAACACAUGUAACUGUAAGCAGCAUUUUGUAUAUUCUUGGAUAGGAUGCAGCUAAGUGUGUUAAAUCUUGUGUAGCUGAACAAUAUUCCAGCAAAAAUAUACAUCCUUGAUUGCCUUUGAUUUCUGGUGGUAUUUUUAAUGGAAGAUGUACUUACAUCAGGUACCACCAAUGCUCUCUAUGCUAAAUUUUUAUAAGACAUCUCACAGUUUGCAAAGAAGACAAUGAGCAAGCUACUGCUUGAUGUUUCACUUAAAAGCAUGCAAAUACAGACAUUUUCCCGUGUGUGUUCCGGUAUCUGCAUUCAAAAUUUCUCUGACUGCGGUGACUGCAAGAAAAUAAGCUCAGAUUUGGUACUCACAUCAGUUUUAAACCCAAGAAGACUCUUUAUACUGUGGUGUUCAUGAAUGGUACAUCAGAAGAAAACAUUUAUUCCUUAAAGGAAGUUGAUCUUUGGAAGAUUACAGGGGGAGGGGACUAAUGUACAGGCUGUAACUUCUGGAUACAUUUUAAUAUUUCUGUAAUGAGGAGGAAAACCUCAAAAACACAUUUAUUGUUUAAGUAGUAUAUAUAUAUAUAGUCUUGCAGUAAUGGCUACACAUUUUAGGGUUAAAUAGGAGGCAAAACUCAAGCUCAUAAAAAGUUGACUGAAUUGAAAAGCUGUGUUACAAAGAAUUCUGAUACAGGCAUGAUCUCAUGCUACAAAGAUAGUGAAGUUCCAAAGUCUAUAGUCUGAUUAUCAUAAAUAGAGAAUUAAUUUAUGAGGAUUGGUUUAGACUGUUUAACAAGGCAUAUGCUUUAAGCAUAAAUAUUACUGAAUAACUCAUGGUGCGUUUGGGUGUCAUAACCAGUAUAUGUUUGGUGAGGUGCUCUGGCUUAUAUGAUGCAGUUUUAACUUCUAAUAAUCCUUUCAUAACUGUAUAUAAAAUGUAAUGCUAAACUAUUUUGCUCUCAGGAGUGAUUUUGGGUUAUAUCAACUGUAUUCAGUGAAAUUAUGUAAUAUGGAUUAAAUUGUCUGAUACCGAAA